GUCUUGUACGUCUGGGAGGCGCAGAGUAUUACGCGACGCUUGGCGCCGGCGCAGUACAAAUUCCUGCCAGUUCCCCACGUGUGUUUUAAAGGAAGGAGUGGUGGAGACCAUGCCUAAGAUUAAGGCGUCCCGCAAGGCCGGAGGUCAAGCAAAGCAUGCCCCUCUAGCGGACCAGAUCCUGGCAGGGGACUCUGUACAACCCGGAGGCCGGGAGAAACGGAGGGACCGAGGCCGCGGAACGGAGGAAGAAGAGUACGUGGGGCCCCGGCUGACCCGGCGGAUCCUGCAGCAAGCGCGAGAGCAACAAGAGGAGCUAGAAGCUGAACAUGGGUCGGGUGACAGGACGGCGCCGAAAAAGCUCACCACGCAUCUGGGAGGAGCCCAGGCUGGUGAAUCAGAUGGAGAGGAUGACGAGUGGCCAACCUUGGAGAAGGCAGCAGAAAUGGCAGGAUCAGGGUAUGACACUGAGGUAAUUGUCAAUCCUGAAGACGAGGAAGCCAUCGAGAUGUUCAUGAACAAGAACCCCCCACUCAGGCGUACACUGGCAGACAUCAUCAUGGAGAAAUUGACAGAGAAGAAGACAGAGGUGGAAACUGUUAUGUCUGAGGUGUCAGGCUGCCCUAUGCCCCAGCUGGACCCCCGGGUUCUCGAAGUCUACAAGGGUGUUAAAGAGGUGUUAUCCAAGUACCGGAGUGGCAAACUUCCCAAGGCAUUUAAAAUUAUUCCCGCUCUCUCCAAUUGGGAGCAGAUCCUCUAUAUCACAGAGCCAGAGAGCUGGACUGCAGCUGCCAUGUACCAGGCGACCAGGAUCUUCUCAUCCAAUCUCAAGGAUAGGAUGGCCCAGCGCUUCUACAACUUGGUGCUUCUCCCCCGGGUGCGAGAUGACAUUGCUGAAUACAAACGCCUUAACUUUCACCUCUACAUGGCGCUCAAGAAAGCAUUGUUCAAGACUGGGGCAUGGUUCAAAGGAAUCCUGAUCCCACUAUGUGAAUCUGGGACCUGUACCCUUCGCGAGGCCAUCAUUGUGGGCAGCAUCAUCACCAAGUGCUCCAUCCCCGUGCUGCACUCAAGUGCAGCCAUGCUGAAAAUUGCUGAGAUGGAAUACAGUGGAGCCAACAGCAUCUUCUUACGGCUGCUGCUGGACAAGAAGUACGCACUGCCCUUCCGGGUACUGGAUGCCUUGGUCUUCCACUUCAUGGCCUUCCAGACUGAGCAGAGAAAGCUGCCUGUUCUUUGGCACCAGAGCCUACUGACCCUGGCCCAGCGCUAUAAAGCUGAUCUCACCACAGAGCAGAAGGAGGCCCUGCUAGAACUUCUUCGCCUGCAGCCCCACCCUCAGCUGUCCCCCGAAAUCCGGAGGGAGCUGCUCAGCGCAACUGCCCGUGAUGUAGAAGGACCCUCUGUGAAUAUGGACUGAGGUUCCUGAGGAAAACUGCUGCUACAUUCCCCACUUCGGUGGGGAAAGGGAUGGAAGCCACGUGAACUGUUCUGUUAUUUUGUCAUGGCUCCUAGGACUGUGUGAUUUGGGGGCACCUAGAAGACAGAACUGAAGUGCUUUGAUCUCCCUGGCCAGACUUGAAUCAUAAUGGCCUAAGUGCCUGACACAACUUCCCCUGGUCCGGUUCUGUUCUAGAAGCCCUAACUUGCUCUGUGGCAUGGCGGAAGAAGUUAGCAACUGAGGCAGGUGGAUGUUGGGUGUGAAAACACACACAUACAAAAAAAAAAGCUAUGGAUUUAUCUCAUUUGUCACAUUGUCCUUGCCCUAGACCCUCCCACCCUCUCCCUUCCCCUCAACAAUCUUUAGAUAAGAAUAAGGUAUCCAUGAAGUGAGGAGAACCCUGAGACUAGAACUCAGAUGUCUUUGGUCUUAGUCACAGAAUUUUAGCUUUGGAAUGGACCUAAAUGGCCCAUCCUUUCUCUAUACUUGACAAAUGGUCAUUGACUUCUGCGUAAAGACCUCUGGAGUGGUAGCCACCAGCUCCCUAGCCAGCCUCUUUCACCUUAGGACAUUGACAUUAAAUUUGCUUCUGUGGCUUUUACCCUGGGUGCCUUGUGGGGCCAAACAGAAUAAGUCUAAUCUCCCACAUGACAGCUUGAAGACCGCUCUAUGCCACCUUCCUGCCACCCCCUGCCUUCUUUUUUCAGGAUAUAUAUUCCUUGUAAUUUCCAGUAUUUGAAGGGCAGCAUUGGACUUGUUCUGUUUAGCCCCAAGGACCAGUAGAAGUUGCAGAGAUAAAUGUAUAUUUGAAUAUC